UGAUAAUGAGUUGUAUAAUAUUCAUUUUCAAUAUAUUUUCAAUUUUGGUAAUUGGUGAGUGGUCUUACUACUUACUAUAGGACGUUUCUAGUUUCUACAAGACUACACUUCUACUUAAAUUACAUAUUACAACACUGAACACUUUACUAUAAAUCGAAUGAAUAACAUAAAUAUUUAUCGGUCAUUGCAAUUUACCGGUUUGAUGGAUAGCACUUCUGUAGUCGCGAUGGAGCAGCUAAAAUCUAUAAUGCCAUGGUACUGAUUAGGAAGCAUAACUUUCCAGUAGUAUCAAGUUUAGGGAGAAUGGAGAAGUAUACAUGAUUCUUGUUUUUCUAUUUCUAUUUUAUUCUAUGUUUCAAAUAUUGCUUAUGCCACGGAAAUAUAACUUUAUUAAUAUGCAUCUUGAGAAUACUGAGCUGAGCAGCAGUUAACAUUUGAAAUAUUACUAUAGAAUUAACUAUGAAGUCUAAGCAAUUAGCAGUUGUCUCCUGGGAUUCAAAAUUACCAUUCCCGAAGUUUCCAGUCUGGUUGUAUGUUUUAAUAGUAGCAUUUGUAUCUAUAUUAUGUUAUGGUAACUCAUAUUAUGGUGCUUUUGUGUUUGAUGAUUCUGAGGCAGUUGUAAAUAAUCACGACGUAAACCUAGAAACACCAGUGGUCAAGAUUUUUAGCCAUGACUUUUGGGGUACGAGACUAACGAACCAGGCUAGUCAUAAAUCAUACAGACCUCUUACAAUACUGUCCUUUAGGUUUAAUGUUUGGUUAAAUAAUGGACAUUUAUGUCCAAAGUCAUUACAUUUCACCAAUAUAGUUUUACAUGCAAUUGUUUCCUGUCAACUGUUAUAUGUCUAUAAUUUGUUAUUUAAUGGAGAUUCUCCCAAGACUUCAUUUUUAGCAGCUCUGAUGUUUGCGGUGCAUCCUGUUCAUGUAGAAGUGGUAUCUGGUAUAGUUGGACGUGCUGAUCUACUUAGUGCAUGUUUGUCUCUUUUUGUCUUCAUUAUUUAUCAUAGAACUGCAAAAGCUAAACAAAUAAAUACAUUAACCAACAUAAUAGCUACAGUAUUUUGUUGUAUAAUAAGUGCUAUGGCUAUGCUAUGCAAAGAACAAGGACUUAUGAUUAUGACGUUCUGUGGUGUGUUUGAAGUUAUUGUGAUCAACAAAAUCACAUUUCAAAGUAUUAUGAAAAAUAUUAAAACCUCAAAAAUAAUUCGCUUGCUUAAAAAAGAAUCAUUAGAAAGGCUGUUUAUAUUGACUGCCGGAUUUUGUAUUAUUCUUUAUGGCAGAUGGACUAUUAUGGGUUCACCUCCUAUUUUUCAACAAAUUGAUAAUCCUGCAUCAUUUUUAACAACACCAUUUGAAAGAUUUGUAAAUUACAGUUACAUCUAUUUCAUUAAUAUUUGGAUAAUGAUAUGUCCUGUUUGGCUAUGUUUUGAUUGGUCAAUGGGCUGUAUCCCUCUGAUAUAUUUGAAUACAUUUCCUAAAGAUCCAAGAUUAUUCAUUGUUUUUGGAUUUUGGACAAUUCUUGUAUUAAUAUUUUAUAAGAUCCUGUUUUUAAAAAAUUAUGAUAAAAAACAAUUACAAAUGGGAUUUCUAUUAGGUCUUUUAUCGUUUCUGCCUGCUUCAAAUUUAAUGUUUACAGUUGGAUUUGUCAUUGCAGAACGAGUGUUAUAUUUGCCCUCAGCUGGUUUUAUAAUAAUUAUAGUCUUGGGUAUCAGGAGAUUAUGUUUAAAUUAUUUUGUUCAAAGAAUAGUUAGAAUGUGCAUUUUACUAUUAAUUUGUGUACAUUCCAUUCGAACAUAUCAACGCAGUAAGGAAUGGAGUUCUGAAUUAGAAUUAUUUAGAAGUGCUUUGAAAGUUUGCCCUAUGAAUGCUAAAGUACAUUAUAAUUUAGCAAAAAGUUUAGCUGAUAUCGGACAAACACAAGAAGCUAUAGACCGUUAUAAACAUGCACUAUUAUUACACCCAAGGUACGAUCAAGCGAUGAAUAAUUUAGCAAAUAUUUUAAAAGACAAAAAUGAAUUGGAAGAGGCUAGAUCUUUACUAGAAAAAGCUGUUACUAUUAGAAAUGAUUUUGCUGCUGCUUGGAUGAAUUUAGGUAUUGUAUUAUCUGCUCAACAUGAAUACAAUAAAGCUGAAUAUGCAUACUUAACAGCCUUACAACACAGAAAAAGCUAUCCUCACUGUUACUUCAACUUGGGAAAUUUAUAUUUGGAGAUGGGAGAGAAGACUAAGGCAUUAUUUGCAUGGCAAAAUGCUACAUUUCAACAACCAACUCAUGUAAUUUCAUGGAAUAAUAUGAUUGUGCUGCUAGAGUCAAUUGGUGAAUUAAAACGAGCAGAGAAUGUAGCUCGCACAGCACUCUCUAUUUUACCAAAUGAACCAAAUUUACAUUUUAAUAUAGCCAACAUAUUAGGUAAAAUAGAUAAAUUUGUAGAAGCGGAAAAACAUUUUUUGGCUGCAAUCAAACUAAAACAUCGAUCUUCUAAGGCUAUGUUAGUUGCAUUAUAUCAUUCGAAUCUGGGAGUUUUGUAUCAUCGUUGGGAAAAAUAUGAUCUCGCAGAAAUGCAUUAUUUACAAGCAUUGACGAUUGAUCCAAAUAUGCAGAAAGUUAAAAAUCACCUUGCAUCAAUACGUAAACAUUUAGGUGAAAUCAGUCAAUCCACUCUCAAUAUUAAUUCUCAACAACAAGAAAAAGAGUUUUAAUAAAUUAAAUUGGAAAAUUUUUUGUUUCAUUAAUACUAAUGUUAUAUGUAAGUAUGAGUCUGUAUUGCUUUCGUGUUCGUGUUUUAAAAGUUAUCGAAGGUCAAGCAUAAAUAUGUAUCUAUUAAUAUUAUGAUAGAACCUUUUUUACGAUAACAAUAUUGGUUUAAUUCAUAUAAAAGCAUAACAGAUCAAUAUAGUAUGAACAAAAAUGGUAAAUAAUCAUGUAAAACAUUUUUAAUAAUCACUAGUGUGAAAAUAUAUGGUUGUGAUUAAUUUGUAAUUUAGUCAUGUACGAAUCAAUAAUGAUUUUUUUUUAUAAUUAAUAAUUUUUUCUAAGUAAUCUCUUCUUAAAAUUUUAUUUGUGUGUACAAUAACAUAAAAACUUUUUUUAACCAUCCCAAUGAUAUUAUAUAAAAUGAAGGAAUUAAUUUACUUAACCCGUAAGUGGUACGGUGAACAAAAAUUACGCUAAUGGUAUCAAGACUCCUAGACCACUUAGUUUUGUCAAUUAUAUUAAGACCAUAUUUUUCAGUAAUUUCGUCGAAAUAAUAUUUGUAUUAAUAUUCGUACUUGUAGAAAUAAUAUAUUUACAGUGUCAAAUUUUAUUUAACUCAUUUUUUUGACCCAAAUUUUAUAAGUUUAAAGAAAUUAACUAAUUUUUUAGACAUUUUGAGAAGUAAACAAAAAAAAAAAAAUUUCAGCGGUCUAUGGGACCAGACCAUACCACUCACAGGUUAAAUGUAACCAGAAACGACUAGUUCUUGAAAACCGGUCAUUAUAUUUUGUUUAUAAAUGUUCAAUUAUAAAACAAUUGAUUGUUUUUUUACUGUGGAACGGGUUGUAUUAUUUCAAGUAUUAUUAAAUGAUACAAUUUCUAUAACUUUUUAUUGAUUACAUAAGUUAUAAGUUCAUAAGAAAUUAUGUAAAAAUGAGGUGUAAAUGUACAAUUUAAAAAAUGUGUCUUACAAGGAUGCUCGAACCGAAUGGGUUGCUUAUCUUGUAUUUUACGUAACAUAACAAAUCUAUGUAUUGGGUUACUACAGUUCAUUUAUUAUUAAUAUUAGAGUAAAUUUACAUGUUAGUGAAAUUGUAGGGGAAAAUAUAAACUAUGCUCAAGCAAAGUUGUUUUCAUUCUUAAAUUUUAAAACAAGUCAUAAGUACUUUAAUUUUUUCAAAUUCAUAUAAUUUGUAUUAAAAUAAAUAUAUGAAAAAAAUCUUUGCUCAAACACAGUUUAUAUGUGUAAAAUAAUAGAAUAUUAACUAUAAAUAAACAGUAGUUUGGGUAUAAGAUUUGUAAUGUUACACCUUAUGUGUUUAAAACAGAGACAACACUGUGAAUGAUGGGUGUAGUGUCCUAUUAAUCAAGCACCCAAGUUAUAUUAUACAUUUAUAAUACAUUGAUAACACUAAUAUUUAGUCAUUAUACUAAGAUUUUUUAUUUUAAGAUUAAUGCAGUUUAAAUUAUUAUUUAGAUUUAAGAUAUUUACACUUUUACAUUGAUUUUGUAUUAAAAAUAAAAAUCUUAAUUGGUUA